AUGCAAUCAUUAGUCCUUCCUCCUUCUUCCUUCAUCGCUACAGAGUUUGGACACCCCAGGUUUGAUCCGGGCCCGGAGCGGCUGCCGUUGAAUUUGGCUCGGUCGACAAAUGCUCGUCGAUAUCCCCCACGGGAUCUGCCUCUCCCUCGCUCUAUGUCCGGUUCGGUUCCAGCAGACGACCCGCUGGACACUUCUGGACCCGUCAGGCGCCCUGGACAUCCAGAGCUGCCCCAAGCCGCGACAACCGUGACCGCUGCAACCUCUGUAUCCGCGGGGUUGUCGGGACCGGCCCUGCCUCCAGGACCUGCUGGCGCCGUCACCACUCACGAGUCUGUGACCCAACGUGUGGCCCCGGCCUCAGCCGACGAAGUGCUGCGACAAUCCUUUUCGGUGGGCGACGCCUUCGCCUCAUCGCGACUUCCACCAUCGCUGGUAGGCCAGGGCAUCCCACAAGCCACGCCAACAGCUUAUGCGCAACCCUCCUUUGGAACGUCUCCUCCCGGUACAACGGCUCGGGCCUUGCCGCAAAAGCCCACUCGACGCACCAAAGCCCAUGUUGCAUCAGCAUGCGUAAAUUGUAAGAAGAAGCACCUGGGGUGCGAUCCGGCACGGCCAUGUCGAAGAUGCGUUCUGUCAGGGAAAGAACAGGCCACCUGUGUUGAUGUUACGCACAAGAAGCGAGGAAGACCGCCAUUGAAGGCGGAAGAAGCAUCGCUCAGAACCUAUGCAGCUCAUAUGGACAAUCGAGCGACACAGGGAGACCAGCACGGCCCCCAAUCAAGACGUACCCUCCACAGAGCUACAUCUUCGCGUGAGAUUCGCCCCAUGACAGAUCUUCAGAUACCCGGGGCGCAGACGGGCGCCAUGGCCAUGAGAGCGUCGGCUGGACAUCCACAGAGAUGGGCCGCUCCCGUAUACUCUCAGGCCAUAGACCCGUCAAUAAUGCAGAGGAGUGUUGGGCACAGACGGUUUUCUUCCUCUGGCUCUGCACAGUCCAUAACGGCGGCUUCUCCACCCGGGUAUGUCCCGAUGCCUGUUGGGUACAACCCUACAUUGGGAGCGGGACGGAUGCCCAUGGGCAUGGGAAGACCGCUAUCAUCUUACACACAUCAAGGCAUGAAUCCUACAACCACGCCGCCCCAGUAUCAACAGUCCUUUGUUCCAAUUUCGCCCUAUCCAGAAAGCGCCCGGAUGUCGAAUCGGAUGCCAAUGGGAGAAUCUCCCAUGUCGAGAGAUCCACGGGAAGGCUAUUUGGAAUCGCCAGUAAGGCUUCCUCCCAUUUACCCUCCCACGAUGGGAACACCGGCCUCGGCGUCGCAAGGGCAUCGCCUGAGCGAUCCGUACCCAGGAGCUUGGUCGCCGCGGACACGAGAAGAGUUUCUCCAGCAGGAGCACCGGCAACAAAUGCCUUCGCAUAGUUUCAUUGACCCACUGUCGCCUAGCAGUCAAAUGCGACACGCCGCAUCUGACAUGGGGUAUGGGGAGCCCGUCCCUCGGCAGUUAGGACCUGCGUCAACUUCAGAGAGACACGCAAUGCACAUGUCGCUUGUACCCCCCUCCGAUGACCCAUCAACGAACGAGGCGGACACCGAGGGCAACAGACCAGCCAAGCGGCGCAAAAUGGCCUUGGAUGACAUGGUGAACGACUAAGUUGUUGUUCUUCGCAUUAUACCUCCUACCCACCAAGGUCCCGAUCGAGACAUGCACACCCCAUUUUUUUCUAAUCGCUUGAGGAGCUACGCCGUCCUUGAAGCAUUGAGGCUUGUAGCAGGAACUACGAAGAUAACGAUCUUAAUGUGCACUUUCCUUUGUGUCAUGUGUGCUCAAUCUCGAUCGCUGACCUAUUGACUCCCUCCCCCCACAUCUACUCACAUCAAUUUCCUUUGUCUCAUACACCGUGCAUACAAUCUCCAUUUU